GUACUUGCUGCUGAGAUUGACACAAUUUCUCCUCCAGAGCUUGUGAAACAGUUUGAGCAAGUCCUAGCUGAAAAAUCUCAGAUGUCGUCACCAAGUAACCAGAUGGAUUCCGAGUUCCAAGAAACUAUGCAAGAUUCAAUAUUUUCUACACCAGUUACUAACACUGGAGUUGAUGUUACAUUCCCACCACAUCCUAGCACAUCAACUGGCAAAAGGAAACAACCCUCAGAAGUGUGGCUCCACUUUUCACAACAACCUAAUGAUAAGAGAAGGGCUGCGUGUAACUACUGUGGUACUCUCAUUAGUAGGAAUGGAACAAGUACUAUGCGGACCCAUUUGACGAGAUGCUUGCAAUAUCCAGGCAGUGAAAAAAAUAAGAGAAGAAAAGAUGGUCCAUUUCCGCAGGCUGCAGAAGGACAAGUAGGAAGUGGCAUUGUUUCUUCGCCUACGGUCUUUAAGUUUGACCAAGAUAUAUGCCGAACAGAACUUGUGAGGAUGUUUAUUGCUGCUGAGCUUCCAUUCCGGUUUGUCGAAAAUGAAGCCUUUCGCCAGUUUCUAAGUGUUCUACAACCGCGAUUUGUUGUCAUUUCACGUUGA